AUGAAUUUGUUGUCCUUUGAGGAAUUUGAUUUGUCAAGCAAGAGAGAUGGAUCGGUUGGGGUGGCUGGAUUGGCAUAUGAGGAGGAUGGAGACUUCAAGACUGACCUCAUGUUCCAGAGUCAUGCUGUGCUUGCACUUCAGGAAGCUGCAGAGGCCUAUUUGGUGGGUCUGUUCAAGGACACCAACCCGUGCGCCAUCUAUGCCAAGAGGGUGACAAUCGUGCCCAAGGACAUUCAGCUUGCUAGGCGCAUCCUGGAAGCAAUUGGAAUUCAGGGUUGGUUGUAA